AGAAAAGGAAUACUUUUAUUAAUAUCAUUUUAGUUUUUUCUUUUUCUUUUUAUUUUAGGUCUAUAACGACAAAUAUAGUCCAAACAAUGAAGAUUAUUCACUAAUUAAAAUGUUCAGAUUGGAAAACUCAUUUAUAUAAUUUGAAAAACAUUAUACACAAAUGCAAUUCAAUCUUAAAUAUAGCCCACAAAAUAAAAAAUAUAUAUAUUUAACAGUCAUACUUUAUUAUAUUAUACACAUAAAAUUCAUUAAAACUAUAUCUUUUUGAAAAUCCAUUAUAGACAAAAGAUACUUUUAUUAUACACAAAUCAGGUGAAAAGCAACUUUAACCACAUGUGUUUAUUUUUGAAACAUAAUUAUUCAAAAUUACAAUAUAACAAUGUAUUACAACAUAUCAAAGUUGUAUCAAAUUCAACCUAUCAUUUUCUGAAAAAUUAGAUUCACUUAUUUAUCGUGUGUUUGUUUAUUUUAAAUUUUGUUAGAUUCAAAUUAUUUUUAUAAAAAUUAUCUUCAACUGGUUAAUAACGAAUUUUGGGUUCUUACCAAAUUUUAUUAACUUUUAAUUAACAAUUUUCAUUAAAUAUGAACUGUAUUAUACACAACCUGUCAGAUCUACAUUUUUGAAAUACGGAUCAAAAACUAGUUAUUAACUUAUUAUUUGAUAGAAUACAUAAACUAAUGUAAUUAUUUGUGACAUUUAGAAUUUCUACGAAAAUACGGUCAAAUCACGAUUUUAAUAAAAAUCAAUAGAUAAACACUAAGAUUUUUUCGUUUAAUUUUAAAAAAAAACAUGACUCAUUUAGUUUUCAAAAACAAAAUGAUGCAAUUUAAAUUGUAUAUUAACAUUGACAGACCAAUAUGAUGAAAAAGUUGUAAAAUAUUUUCUUUUGAGUAUUUCUGUUUUUAUUAUGUCGAACAACUUUUACUCAGUUAGUAUAUGCCCAACUUUACUUAAUAAUAAAUCAAGUUAUAAAAUGAUUAGAUCACCAUGUUGAAACAUCACUAUAAUUUUAGAUAGUAUGGCCCAGUUUCAGUCAGUUUUAAUUUUGAAUUCUUUAUUAGCUUUGUUGAGUAUGAUUUAUAUAGCCACUGUAGAGAGAAACAAUCCAACGACCAAAACAAAAAAAAAAAUCCUACGACCAAAUGCCUUGAUGAAGCUUAAAUAGUCGUUGAACCAACUACGACAAUUGUGUGAUAUACGCAAGCUACAACCAUUUUAUAAAUAUUUGUACGAUAGUUUUAUGAUGAAUAUAUAUAUAUAUGUCAGUCAGUGACUGUUAUUCAUCAUCAAACCAUCGUACCCGUAUUUAUUCAAAUGAGAAUCGGCUAGAUAAACAUGAAUAAAGAUCUACACUAGGUAAAUGAGAAUCUGUGAUAUAUAUGUAACAUGAAUCGGCUAGAUAAGUGAGAAUCUGUGAUAUAUAUGUAUCAUUAUCUAAACUUAUAACUUGACAUUAUCCUAAUAAUACAAACACAACGCUCACUAGGUUUUCUGCAACCGAUUUGAAAGUUCUGAGCCACGGUCUCAUCUCCAAGUUAUCUGAAAACCCUGUGCUUAAAGAUGAUGAGGAUGAUGAGACUCUGGUUAAAGAUGAUGACGAGGUGGGGAAGAUCAGUGAUGGCAGUAACAGAAAAUAAUAGGACAGUGUAUCUUCCCGAGGACAUGCUUGUGGAGAUACUCUCUAGGGUUCCAGAGGCUUCUCUGGCACGGUUCCGAUCUACCUCAAAAGAAUGGAACGCUCUUAUCAAAAAAGAAAGGAAACUUGACUACAAGUCUCUUGUUGUCAUAUUAAUUGAUCGUAGGGUUUAUUUAGCUAGGCUUGAUCUGCACGGCAUUCAAGACGACAACGUUGUCAAUCUAAUAAGUCAUUUCAGCUUCAAUGAUCCUCUUUCCACUUCUUCGAAAGAAGUCGGUAUACGCCAGGUCUUCCACUGCGACGGCCUACUGCUAUGCACCACCAUGGACAAUAGAUUGGUGGUUUGGAAUCCAUGUUCAGGGGAAACCAGUAGGAUGAUCAAACCGUUAAAUUCCUACUCUCGGUAUGACACCUACGCUCUCGGUAAAUCCUCGAACAACAAGUACAAAAUCUUGAGAGUGCAUCAUCAUGGACCUGGUUACUUGGAACCAUGCCUUGUUGAUUACGAAAUCUAUGACUUCACAUCUAAUUCGUGGAGGGUAGUUGGUAAGACUAGAGAGUGGUCCAUUCCACAUAUGUGGCGAGGUGGAACGUCUGUGAAUGGAAAUACUUACUGGCUUACUUUUACUUUUAGGCAAAACGGUCCAAGGUCGAGGGAUACGUUACGAUGUUUUGAUUUUUCAACAGAGAGGUUUGGACCUGUGUCUCUUCCGGGUGAUCCUCGUUCUUAUUAUGUCUUUGCUUUAUCAGUGACUAGAGAAGAGCAAAAACUUUGUCUCUUAACUUCUUCUCGUGAUGAGGUAUACGAUAUAGAUGUAUGGAUAGGAACUAAGAUUAAAAGUACCGGAGACAUGUCAUGGAGUAAACUCCUAACAGUGGAACGAACCCAACGCUGCCAGUUCAUUACGCUUCGUACUGGGAUGAGUUUCUUGGCCGAUCGGGAGAAUAAAGUUUUAGUGCAUCCCACUAAAUAUAAGAUCUCUAGUAACUGCUUAUUACACAUUUUGGGAGAGGAUAAAUACAGACAAGUGGACCUUCAUGAUGUAGGAUUUAAAUGCUCACUUCCUGUCCAGUAUGGUCCAACUUUGGUUCAAAUCCAACAAGGUUCUUUGGGGGUAGGCACAUGGAAAGCACCAAUAACGUGACUUGUAAUUGGCAGACUAGUUUAUGCAUUGUUAUCCAAGUUUUCAUGAUAUUUGAUAA